GCUUAAUAAUGAGAGGCAUGACAUCCCAAGGCUUGUUUCGCAGCUGACAGGGCCCUUAAGAUAUCCCUAGGGGUGUCAUAAUGGCUCAUUUACAUGGAAAAGGCUCCUCUAUACCUUGUGCAAAACUUUGAAAUGCAAUUUACUUUAGAGAAUUCUAUUUCUGUACGUCUUAUUGGAGGGGCUUUAGUUAUUCCCUUUUUAUUGCUACAGCAUGCUAAGCAUGAAAGCAGGAACUUUCUUGCUGAAAAAUUAAUCUUUGCUGCCUGUUUAUUUGCUACCUAAAGUUCCCAUCUUCUGUUUGUGACGUACAGCUGGCGGGUAUGGCAAUAGAUGUGAUGUAACAAACUGCAGAUUAUAGCUUCAGGUAGGAAUAAGAUGCAAGAACAGAUGGACCUGCAUCCUGCUUUCAAUAAAAUGUUCUUUUAGUAGCUGAGAAAGUGAAGGAAAAAAUAAUGAAAAAGAAAAGCAUAUUUUCUGUUAAGAAAAUGUCACUGCACCUAUCACUUUUCAAUAAAUGAAAUUUUACAAAAAUAUACAAGGAGCACAAAUUAUUUAAUUAAAAUACUUUGAAAAAAAAUGACUUUUGAAGAUGACAGAGGGUACAAGAGAUCUCUGUACAAAAAAAGAUUGGUCCUGCUGGAAGAAACGCCAAAAUUUCUAGAAUUCCAGUGAGGCAGGGGAGGGAGGGCGACUUUUUUUUCUGUGAAGUGUGUGUACAUUUGGCUGCAGUCAAAAGCCCAGGUUUAUUUUCUGUUGAUCAUAGAUUCAAAGCAGUCCUGGUCAGCCAGCUACCCAUUCUGACAGGAGAAAGAGCUGGGUUGCUGCAGGCAGCUGUGACAGGCACUGACAGAAUAUGUCUCAGCUUUUCAGCCUCACAAUUACCUAGGGUUUGUAAGGAAAUAAAAGGAAAUAAUAAAGUUUAGCUAAGGUUCAUGUACGAAGGUCUCUCAUGUUAGAUAGCUUAUUUUGCUGAUUGUGUUCUUGUGAACUGUUUUUGAAAGACUUGACCUGUGUCACUGCAUGUGUUUUUUGGUUACAAGGCUCCGAGAGGAAAGGCACAAGCCAGGCUGACCCUGCUAAAGCUUCACAAUGAGAAGCAGGCAAGUUUCUCAGUCCAGCAAGGAUUAGUAGACUCCAUCUUGAUGGGGGUUCAUCAGUCAUGGCACUAAGGGCCUUGAAAUUUGCCUCAUUGACAGCAGCUGCUUCCGGCAUCUAUCUGUAUGGAAACAAGUUCCUGGAUCCUAAUGAUUUUGGAGUUGUUCGUGUGGGCCGAGCCAUUGCCACAACGGCAGUUAUCACCUAUGACUACCUCACCUCUCUUCGGAGUGUCCCGUACGGAUCAGAGGAGUAUGAAUUCCUCAAAUCACAGGUGCACCUGCGCUCUGCUGAGCGCCUCCGGGAGCUGUGCUGCUCCAACCGAGGCACCUUCAUCAAGGUGGGGCAGCACCUGGGAGCUCUGGACUACCUCCUGCCUGAGGAGUACACCCGCACCCUCAAGGUGCUGCACAGCCAGGCCCCGCAGAGCACCAGGCAGGAGAUUGAGCAAGUUAUCCGUGAGGACCUGGGCAAAGAGAUAAAAGAGCUGUUUAUGAGUUUUGAGGACACUCCCUUGGGAGCAGCAUCACUAGCCCAGGUACACAAAGCAGUGCUACAGGAUGGGAGAACGGUGGCAGUGAAAAUCCAGCACCCCAAGGUCCAAGCUCAGAGCUCCAAGGAUAUUUUGCUCAUGGAGGUUCUCCUCUUAGUUGUGAAGCAGAUUUUUCCAGAUUUUGAGUUCAUGUGGCUGGUGGAAGAAGCAAAGAAGAAUCUGCCCUUGGAGCUGGAUUUCCUCAAUGAAGGCAGAAAUGCUGAGAAGGUUGCUCAUAUGCUCAAAAACUUUGACUUCCUGAAGGUCCCCAGGAUCUACUGGGAGCUCUCCACAAGGCGUGUCCUUCUCAUGGAGUUUAUGGAAGGGGGACAAGUGAACGACAGGGCCUAUAUGGAGAGGAAUGGCAUCAACGUCAAUGAGAUCUCUCGCAACUUGGGGAAGCUCUACAGCGAAAUGAUCUUUGUGAAUGGCUUUGUGCACUGUGACCCACACCCAGGCAAUGUGCUAGUGAAGAAGUGUCCAGCCUCUGGCAAGGCUCACAUUAUUCUCCUGGAUCAUGGGCUCUACCAGGUGCUGAGCGAGUCAUUCCGCAUGGACUACUGCCACCUUUGGCAGGCCCUCAUCAAGGCUGAUAUGAAGAGGGUGCAGAAGUACAGCCGGCGGCUUGGGGCAGGGGAUUUGUAUCCUCUCUUUGCCUGCAUGCUGACUGCCAGAUCUUGGGAGUCUGUCAACAGGGGCAUUGACCAGUCACCAGUCUCUGCCAGUGAGGACAUGGAGAUCCGGUCCAACGCUGCUGCUUACUUGCCCCAGAUCACCCAGCUCCUCAACAAUGUUCCCCGUCAGAUGCUGCUUCUGCUGAAGACCAACGACUUGUUAAGGGGGAUUGAGUCAGCCCUGCACACACGGGCCAGUGCCAGCUCCUUCCUCAACAUGUCUCGCUGCUGCAUCAGAGCUGUUUCCACGUACCAGAGGAGCAAGAGUCACUCGCUUUACAGGAGGGCCCAGAUCUCACUCACAGAAGCCAUAAGCCUGUGGCAGAUCAACUUAUAUGAACUCUUUCUGUGGCUGAAGGGGUCCCAGCUGGGGAACUGGGUCAUUGCUCUCCUGAGACGGAUGCACCAUCUCACGUACUGACAUGAACUGGUGGGAGAGGCCUGGGUGCUCCCUCCCUCCCUUCUGCUCUCCAUGGAACAUUUGUCUUUCUGACUAUUUCUGUCUAUUUUUGGGUCUUAAUCCACAUUACACACUGCACUGUCGUUUUCUUUUACAGCAUUAGCUUCCUCUGUGGCACAGAGAGGUUGAGUUGGUACCAGAGCUCUAUUGUUUUGUGGUUUAGGAAAAGUAGGUGCGUGAUACCUUCUUUCCUCAUGUGUGCAGGUUAAGUUCCACUCAGAUUCUAGUGGGAUUUUGCUGGAAGCAAAUGCCUUUUUGAAUAUUUCUUAAACAAUCUUAAAGAAUUUAAGAGAAUCCCAGCCCUACCUAGAAUGCCUCAAAACUUUUCUCAGACCCUCAGAGGUGGUAAGUCCCUUUAAAAUGCAAUAGGGCUUAUGUUAGUUUGUGCAAUCUCCUUAGUCUGAUUUCUCUUUAGGUGCGCAGAAUGUUUCUCAGAGGAGUGAGACCUUGUGGAAAGGUGUCACUAGGGUUUUCUCUUCCAGCACCAGGGGAAGAGGACUCAAAUGGUGAGAGUGGUGGACUGGCAGUCCGACUUUCUAAGGUUCAUCUCCAGUCCUGUCAGCAAGUGCCUCUGUUUUUGGACUUCUCCUGGCCUGUUUCUUUGCAGGUAAAAUGGGGGAAGGGGAAGUGAUCUUGUCCCUCUUCUGAAAUUCUGGGAAGGCAGUAAGAAUGACAACUCAGGGCUCUGAAACUGCUGGUAAUGUAUGUGUACUGUACAAUACUUCCACACAACAAAAUAAAUGUGUUGUAUCCAAGA